AUGUCUCGAUUUUAUGUAUUUUUUGUUUUGGCGUUUUCGAUCUGUUGUUUGGUCGCUGCUGAAAUCCCAGAACAUGAGCUGAUCAAAAACGAAUUGGGUUGGAAACCUCUUUGCAGUACUUGUAAGAGUCUGUUUACUACUCUAAAGGAGGAACUUCAUGAUGGAAUUGGCAUGACCAAAGAGAAAUUGACUCAAAAACUGAAGGUAGGUGAUCAAAGAAAGCUUUGAUUACAAAGUAGGCGAUUUCUUUGCCUCGUGACUAAAAUUGCAUCCCUCCAGGAAGUUUGCAAAAGAGUUGGUGGUACUAUGAUGGGCAAGGUUUGCCGGGAAAUAACCAAACAAGCCAUCGAUACUCUCUACGAUUACAUUGAAAAUGUGGACAAGAAGAUUGAUCCUCAAGAUUGUUGUGAAACUAUUUAUUUAUGCUAA